AUGUCAGAGUAUUUUAGAAAAUACAUUAAGAAGGAACACUACCCUAAUCAUUAGUAAUUAUUUUAUUUAUAAUGUGAUUUUAGCUCCAAUAUCAAAUUCAAGACCACCUUUAGGAAUUGUGUGGUUGAUUCUCUCAAGAAACGAGGCUGGAAAGAAGUAGAAGGAGAGGAUUGGGAUUUACUUUGGGUAGAAAGAGAUUGCAUCUAUGAAAUUCUUAACCACUUCCAUUUGCAAUCGCAUCAGAAAGUCAAUCACUAUAGAAAUCACUAUGAACUUACCAGAAAAGAUCUUAUGGUUAAGAAUUUAAAGAGAUACAAGAAGCAACUCGAAAAAGAAGGCAAAUAUGAAGAAGCUAAUACGUUCAACUUCUUCCCAACUACCUACAAUCUACCAGGUGAUUAUUCUCUAUUUGUUGAGGAGUUCAAAAAGACACUUGGUUCUGUCUGGAUUAUGAAGCCUAUUGCUAAGUCCUAGGGAAAGGGUAGAUACAUUAUAAACCCUCUACUGAUUGGUGGAAAGAAAUUCGAUAUGAGAAUAUAUUGCUUGGUUACUAAUUACUCACCUCUUACAGCAUACUUAUAUAGAACUGGAUUUGGGCGUUUCACUCAUCACAGAUAUACAACCAACAUUGAGGAUAUUGCUAAUAACUAUGUUCACUUGACCAAUGUAGCUAUUCAGAAGACUUCUGAAAAUUAUGAUGAAAGACUUGGCGGUAAAUGGGAUCUGAGAAGUAUGAAGCUAUAUCUAAUGAGCAAAUAUGGUCAAGAAAAGGUAUCUGAUGCCUUUAGCCAAAUUCAAGAACUCAUCAUUAAAUGCCUACAAUCUGUUUAAAAGACUAUCAUUAACGACAAGCAUUGCUUCGAGCUUUAUGGAUUUGAUGUUCUUUUCGACUCCAACCUAAAGCCAUGGUUAAUUGAAAUUAAUGCUUCUCCUUCAAUGACUGCAAACACCCCAAAUGAUUAUGAAAUGAAGAUAGGACUUCUUGAUGAUACUUUCACCACUCUUGAUCUUGAAAAAAUAUUGAGUGGGACUGAGGAGUAAAUAGGAGGCUUUGAUCUGAUAUGCAGGGGUACUCCAGUAAAACUUCCAUAAAACUCUACCUAUUUAUCUCAUUUGGGAUGCUAAAACAAUAGAAAUCAAUAGCUCAAGAAGCUUGCCAAAUCAACAGCGAGCAGAUUGGUAGAACAUUACAACUCAGAGUAAUCUUAGGCUACUGGAAAUACUAAUGACGAGAAGAUCAAGCCAGGUAACUAGGGUAGCUCCUCAGGCACAGCUGGUUUAUCAAAGAAGUGA